CUGACACCUUGCACUCCAUCAAAUGGUCUGGAAAACAGAUACAAGAGUCGAAAGGAAGUACAACGGAAGUGACAAACUUAGUCAAAGCUUGCUUGCGAGCGCUUACAACAUAGCAUUGCGGAUCAUCAAGGAGACCGAGCGACUAGUAGCGGACCCUGCGCCUGGAAUAUCCGCCGCCCCACACGAAGACAACCUUCGGUACUUCGACGUUACGAUACAAGGUCCCGAUGGCAGUCCAUUUGCAAAUGGCGUGUUCAAGUUAGAAUUGUUUCUGCCAGAGGAAUACCCGAUGAGCCCGCCGAAAGUGCGGUUCCUCACCAAGAUUUAUCACCCUAACAUCGACAAGUUGGGCCGGAUCUGUUUGGAUAUCUUGAAGGACAAAUGGUCGCCCGCGCUACAGAUCCGCACUGUCCUCCUCUCCAUCCAGGCCCUUCUCAGUUCACCGAACCCUGACGAUCCGCUCGCAACCGAUGUCGCGAAGCAUUACAAAGAGAACGAGAAGGACGCACAGCGCGUCAGUCGGGAAUGGACUGAGAAGUACGCCACUGCAUGAUCACGACAGCGCGCGGUGUGUCUGUUGAUCAGAAGCAGUGUGGCUGAUACCGGCCAGAAGCAGAUGCGGUUCCAUUGUUGUAGCUCUAUGUAACGGCUCUAUACGAGAAGGCGGGGAAUCUGGAUAGCUUUGUAAGCAGCUACUCGACCUCAGUAUCCGACCUUUUGAUUUGUACAUACAGGACGAGGCGGAGGCGUCAGAUGCCACGUCACGAAACGUAUCAGUCCAAAUAGAUGU